GCGGGACGUCCCGGAAACAAUAUUCGGGGAACAGUGUUUGAAAACACGGAAAAGAUGCGGACGGGAUCGUCCGCCGUUUGCUGUGAUCGCGUGUAUAUACGGUGAAUAUCGGACGGUUGCCGAGGUAACGCAUAAAAUGAGACGUUAUGUUCCAUUCGGCGGGAUUUCUUAGCGGGCUGCUCAUCCUCCUGCCGAUGAUCGCGCUGUGCGAUGGCGCGAACCAGACGUAUGAGAUUGAUUGCAAUAAUUUACGAAUGGGACAAUACAUCUGUCCCCAUCCCAAUUACGACUUCAUAGACCUCAAUACGCAACAGCCACGCGGAUGCACUAAGGAGAACAAGGCCAAAGUGUUAUGUCUAGUUGCUGAUGGUCUCAUCUGUACAGAGACGAAAAAUAAUACUUUCAAAAAGGAUAUACCCUGCAAAUGGACAAAUGGAUAUUCUUUUGAGACAUCAUUAUUGCUGUCGAUAUUUCUUGGUAUGUUUGGCGCAGAUCGAUUUUACCUUGGAUAUCCUGCCUUGGGCUUACUCAAGUUGAGCACACUGGGGUUCCUUUUUCUUGGUCAAUUUGCUGAUGUAAUAUUGAUAGCUACACAAAUUGUAGGACCAGCAGAUGGUUCGCAUUAUGUGAUGCCAUAUUAUGGUGCUGGAAUUAACAUUGUGACAAGCAACAAUUUUACGUACAGAGUGCCACAAUACGAUUAUUAAGAGAAAGGAGCAAAUUUGCUGUACAAAUGGGAAUUUUUUUAAAAAUAUUGUAUAAUCUUUUCUACCGCGAACAACGAUGUACAAUCCUAAAUUUGAGUCCUAUUUCGCUAUAUAUUUGAAUGUAAAUUAGUCUCUAUUAUUAUACUAUAUUACUAUUCCAAUGAAUAAGCUGAAUACUAAUUUGUAGAUAUACAUUUCAACGAAAUACUGUAUAUAAGAAUUUAUGCAUUGCCAGGUAAUAUAAUUGAAUAAUAAAUUUACAGCUUUUAUUUCUA